AAUUCAGAUAAUAUAGAAACUCAACUCGUCAACUUUUAAACGAGUUUCCCGAGUCCAUCAAACUCAACUCACUCAACGCCGCAGUUGUUCAUCUUCUUCUCUUCUGCACUUUUCCCUGGACAACAAUCUUCCCAAAAUCGACGCCAGAAAAUAGCGACACAAAUAUUCAAGAUAAUCACAAACGAUUCGAUUCUCAAAUAUCUGAGAUUCCUAUUUGUUUGGUACACGAAAAUUUCUAUCCAGAUAAAGCAAAUAAAAAAAAUUUGAAGAAAAAUUCGAUCAAAAAUUCGUCAAUUUCAAAACCCUAAAAUAAAUUUUCCUAAAUGCGAUGAACACGUUUUUGUCGAUAAUCAUAAAAGAUGAUGAACACUAGCAACGGAAUGAUGUCGCCUUCGUCGUCAUCAACAACCACAAUAACUUCUGGAGCAGCAAAUAAUGCGCAAUCUGCUACUUCAUUGAAGACUUAUUUUAAAACUCCUGAAGGUCGUUAUAAGCUUCAGUAUGAGAAGUCUCAUCCUUCUGGUCUUCUUCAUUAUUCUCAUGGAAAGACCGUUUCUCAGGUAACCGUUGCUCACUUGAAAGACAAGCCAACUCAAAGUAUACAAGCAUCGACUUCUGGUGUAGGUGUUGCAAGUGGAGUGAGAUCAGCAGCAGCCAGAAUUUUGGGUGCUGGUAAUGGUAGGGCGCUUAGUUUUGUUGGAGGAAAUGGAGGGAGUAAAUAUGCUAGUGCUACAAGUAGAAAUGGAUCAAUGGGUGCUUCUACCUUGAUUAAUUCCAACAAUAACCCGAAUUUCGAUGGAAAGGGGACGUACUUAAUUUUUAAUGUUGGAGAUACCAUCUUCAUCAGUGAUUUAAAUUCGCAGGAUAAGGAUCCAAUUAAAUCAAUACAUUUUAGUAACUCGAACCCUCUUUGCCAUGCAUUUGAUCCAGAUGCCAAGGAUGGCCAUGAUUUGCUUAUUGGGCUGAAUUCAGGGGAUGUCUAUUCAGUAUCUCUAAGGCAGCAAUUACAAGAUACGGGGAAAAAGCUUGUUGGUGCACAUCACUAUAAUAAAGAUGGUAUUGUGAACAACAGUCGUUGUGCUAGUAUGGCCUGGGUAUCCAAGGGUGAUGGCACCUUUGUUGUUGCUCAUUCAGAUGGUAAUAUGUAUGUGUAUGAGAAGAGCAAAGAUGGUGCUGGUGAUUCUUCAUUUCCUGCCACCAAGGAUCAGACCCAAUUUUUUGUAGCCCAUGCACGGACGAGUAAGAGUAACCCAACUGCUAGAUGGCAUAUAUGUCAAGGAUCAAUUAAUAGCAUUGCAUUUUCAAACGAUGGCGUAUACAUGGCUACUGUUGGCAGAGAUGGAUAUCUACGCAUAUUUGAUUACUUGAAAGAACAACUUAUAUGUGGUGGAAAAAGUUAUUAUGGAGCUCUUCUUUGUUGUGCUUGGAGUGGAGAUGCAAAGUUUAUCUUGACUGGAGGUGAAGAUGACCUGGUUCAAGUGUGGAGUAUGGAAGACCGGAAAGUUGUAGCAUGGGGAGAGGGUCAUAAUUCUUGGGUUAGUGGAGUAGCAUUUGACCCUUAUUGGUCACCACCAAAUUCUGAUGACACGGGAGAAAAUACUGUGUACCGUUUUGGCUCUGUUGGUCAGGACACACAACUUCUACUCUGGGACUUGGAAAUGAAUGAGAUUGUAGUGCCACUUCGACGAGCGCCUGGUGGGUCCCCUCGCAUCGGAUCUCCAACUUAUAGCACUGCAAGCCAGUCUCCUCACUGGGACAGUGCCUGCGCUGCGGGUACACUACAGCCCUCACCCAGCAUGCGAGAUGUACCAAAGCUUUCUCCUGCGGUUGCUCACCGUGCUCACACUGAACCUCUCUCAGGUGUGUUAUUUACUCAAGACUCUGUUCUUACUGCUUGUCGAGAAGGACACAUAAAAGUCUGGAUGAGACCUGGGUGUGUCGAUUCCCAAUCUGGAAAUUCAGAAACAAUAUUGAAUGCCGGAUUGAGAGAGAAGCAAGUGACGAUGGCAAAAAAUGGUAUAUCUGGUUAUAAGCAAUAAAAAAGCUGCUUAGUAUUGUUUGAUGCAAACAGAACCAAGUUAAACAGGUUUCUGCAAAAGCUAUAAUAGGGAUAGAGUAUCAGAAAGCUUUGUUUCCUAUGCUUUGGUUGAAUCCCAGUUUGAACAGUUCUCUGCGCCCACGUUUUUGAAAGGAGAAUUGGAUAUAUGAAGCUGAAAGUAUGAUAAUUCUAGCCUGUUUUGUAACUAUUUAUCGAGUAAUAAGUGGGUCGGGUAUAUAAUGUGAUUGAUGGUAGGGGAGACAUUUGUUUAACUACAAGCAAUAGGGUUGAGUUUCAAACAAUUCAUUCGCCCAUUACUUGGGUUGGGUAUAUAUGGAUAUUGUUGAUUAUAGAGCACCAUUUCCCUUUUAUUUGCUGCUUCUUAACAAUUCCCGACAUUGAGUAACAGUUCAGUGUUAUUUCUGUUU